UACACCAAGCAUCAAGUAAUCUGUGAAGAGUUCUCUGCAAUUCGUGUCAAUCCCUAAACAAAGCCUAAAUCAGUGGCAAUGUCGCUCAUCCCAAGUUUCUUUGGUGGCCGGCGAACCAUCUCCGAUCCAUUCUCAAUGGAUAUCUGGGAUCCAUUCGACAACUUUCCCUUCUCAACUUCCUUAUCUGUUCCUCGCUCCCAAGUCUCCAAUGAAACAGCUGCGUUUGCCAAUGCCCGAAUCGAUUGGAAGGAGACCCCAGAAGCCCAUAUCUUCAAAGCUGAUCUUCCUGGUAUCAAGAAGGAAGAAGUGAAAGUUGAAAUGGAGGAAGGCAGAGUUCUCCAGAUCAGUGGAGAGAGGAGUAAAGAGCAGGAAGAGAAGAGUGAGCAGUGGCACCAGGUUGAGCGUAGCAGUGGCAAGUUCUUGCGCAGGUUCAGGUUGCCUGAGAAUGCCGAGAUCAAUCAGGUGAAGGCUGCAAUGGAGAAUGGAGUGCUCACUGUCACCGUACCCAAGGAAGAAGUAAAGAAGGCAGAGGUCAAAACCAUUGAAAUCUCUGGCUAGAAGUUCUCGUUCUGUUACACCCCUAUGUCACUUUUGGAUCUAAAAACUGAUAUAUGAAGAGAUAUCUAAUA